AUGCAAACUGAAGUUGCUCCCUGUUCAUAAGAUCAAAAUUAAAAGGACACUCUAAUGAAGAUGGAUAAUUAAAUAAAUGAAGAAGACAAUUAGAACCAAAAUGAAGCUAUGGAUAUUGAGAACAAUCAUUUCAAUUAAUAAAAUUAGAGUAAAAAUUGCAAAUAUCCUUUCAUAGGAAAAAGAAAACAAAUUAUUGUUUAAACAUAGCCAUCUCUGAUUCUUAAUGAAAAAAGGCAAAGAAAACCACCUUCAACAGCAUAUGCAUAUAGAGAUCCAUCCCCAUAAAAAAUUGUGGAAAAAAAAAAACCUUAAAAAUACUAAAUAAGUUCUAGGAUGGACGAAAUUUGUACAAAUAUAGCAAAAUGGGAGUAGUUUUAGAAAGGUCUAAACAACCUAGGAUAUCCUAGUAUCGUCUUAGAUGAAGAAAAGAUUUACGAUUUAUUAAAGGAUUACGAUUAGAAAGAUGAAGCUGGUAAAGAAUACUUAUUAAAAAUGCUUCUAAGAAUUGUUGGAGAAGCUAUGUGUUUUAAUAAUAAAAAUGAGAUUAAUACACAAAUAAAGAAUAAAAUUGAAUCGAUCACUUAGAGCAAGAACAUUAUCAUAAAUUGGACCUUGUAAAAGUGGGAGGAACAGAUUAAGUCUUUCUUAGAGAUUAAGGCUGAAUUAAGCGAGGAAAUCCAGUUUGCAUAGCAUUUUGAUUUUUAAGCAUUGUAAACUAUUAUCGGAAAUAAUCUGCCUAAUUAUAUAGAGGAAGCAAAAUUCAAUGUUACAUUAAUUGCAUUGAAAUCAAAACAAAUUGAUGAUUUAAAAAAAGUAUGCGAUUUGAAUGAGUUGAAAAAUGUAAGAUUAAUAAGAGAGUAUUUGAUUACUUUAAAUCACAGAGUAGAUUCACUCAAGAAAAUUAAAGAGAAAAUAAAUGCUAUAAAAAAAUAUGAAGAUGAAAAUGAGAUUAUAGAAUCAUAUAAUCAAUUGGAUUCAAAGAUACUAGAAUUUAAAAAUACUCCCAUUAAGUUUCUUUAGAAAACAGAAGUAAAGGUGAAACCACCUACUACACAACCUAAAUAAAAAUCAAAACCUUAAAACCUUGAAAAAAUAGAAAAUAACUUAAGUAAUGAAAAUGAAUAAAUAAAUUCAUAAGGAAACGUUUAAACUGAAUCAAAUCAACCAACAGAAUAAAAAAUAAAUGAAAAUAAAUCAAAUAAAAAGAAAGAGAAAGAAUAAUAGAAAUAGGAGAAGGUUGCUAAAGGAGCACUUGAUAAAUAUAAAUUUAAGAAGCUAGAAAUAUAAGAAAUUCAAAAUUAAAAUCCAAAAUUAGAAACAUAGAAUAAUUAGUUUGAGUCAGUCACUUCUCCAAGAGAUAAUAAUUAAUAAACAUCAGGAAAAGAUGUUUAAUUAUAAGAUACAAAUGAAACUCAAUAAAAUCGUUAAACUUCUCAAUAGCCAUAGUAAUAAUAAUAACCAUAACCACAAAUUACAGGAAAAAAUCUUAAGCAUUUCUUUUUUGAAAAGAAAUAAUAAGUAGUUCAAAAAUAAGAUGAAUAUUAAAGAAAACAAUUAACACCUAAUAGGAUGGAAUAAUUCGAAGCCUUGAUUGAAAAAAUGUCUAAUAUGUAAUUGUAAGAAGAAAAGGUAUAAGUAUCCUUAAACGAUUAUAACUCUGAUGAGAUUGAAAUUUAAGAAACAAAACCUUAAUAAGUAAGGAUUAGAAAAAUUCACAUUUACAUAGCAGAUUCAGAUAAAGAAUUCAAUGGACAUUAGUUUGUAUAAUUAAGUCAAGUCAUCAGACCAAGAGCUCCUUUCUAAUUAGAUGAUGAAAUCGAUUAUGAUAAAGACUCCUUAGAUGAAGUAGAGGAAAUUUUAGCAGAAAAUCUAUCAGAUAUCAAUGACUCUGAUGAGGAUUAAAGUGAGGAGAGUGAAUAGAAGGAUAGUUUUCUAGUAGAUGAUAAUCAUCUAUCUUAAGAUGAGGUCGAGGAUCCUGAAGAAAUGUUAAAUAAUAAAUGUAUUGCAAAUAACACACAAGUUCAAAAUGGAAUAGUAUACAUUAAAUUCUCUUAAAUUGAGCCCGUCUUCUUUGAAAAUUAUAAAGCUUAAUACAUUCCUUAAUAUUUUGCAAACUAGCAAUUAAAAGAGUAGACUCAUGGAAAUACUCUAUAAUCUAUUUUAACUUAACAAGGAAAUAACACUAAAAUAACAUAAAUUCCAAAGGCAAAAAUGAAUUUUAGCAAUAACAAUUAGAAAAAACAAAAUAAACCUAAAAAACCAAAAGCCACCCCUAACCCUACUACUGAUUCAUAAAAUUAAACUACUUCUCUAUAAACAUAAAAAUUGCAAUCAAGCAGCAAAACAUAAGUGGAAAAAAGUGCAACUAAAUAAAAAUCUUAGACUAAAGUCGAUAAUAAAGUUGAUGAAGAGAAAAUACAAUAAAAGGUUGAGGAUAAUAAUAAAUGUGAAUAAGAAAAGAGAGUGGACCAGCAAAAAGAAUAAGACAAUGAAUAGAAUCAAAAAUUGUAAUAAAACUUUAUUGAUGAAAACUUAUAAUGA